AUGGCGCGGAGGGUGGCGGGCGUGGCGGCGCUGGUGGUGGUGCUGUGGGCGGGCGUGGCGUCGGCGGCCGUGUACGAGGUGGGCGACAAGACCGGGUGGACCAUCAUGGGCAACCCCGACUACGCCGCCUGGGCCAGCUCCAAGAAGUUCCACCUCGGCGACACCGUUGUGUUCACAUACAACAAGCAGUUCCACAACGUGCUGGCAGUGAGCAAGGCGGACUACAAGAACUGCGACGCCAGCAAGCCGACAGCCACCUGGUCCACGGGCAACGACUCCGUCGUCCUCAACAACACGGGCCACCACUACUUCCUCUGCGGCUUCACGGGCCACUGCGCCGCCGGGCAGAAGGUGGACAUCCGCGUCGCCUCCUCCUCUGCUGCCCCUUCCGAGUCCCCCUCCGCCGCACCGUCUCCGACCCCCUCCGGCUCCAAGCCCUCCGGCGGCGCCACGGCCGCGCCGUCGCCGCACCCCAACGCCGCGCCGAAGGCCCUCUCCGCCAGCUCCGUGGCCGCGACCGUCGCCGCGUCCCUGCUCUCUCUGGCUGCGGCCGUGCUGGCAUGA